AUGUCGAAGACAUGCAUUGCGGAUAAAAAGAUUGUGCAUCUCAGUAUAGCAGAGAACACUCUCUGCAUUGGCACACCGAGUUUCGCAACGAUCUACAAUGCCUGUCGACUACAGAAGGUGGCAAAAUACCCUCAUGUCUUACGCGCCUAUUACAGCCUCGACUACAGUUACGUAUUUUUUCGAGAGAGAUAUUACGACAUUCAGAAUUUAUUUUUAUUCAGAUUAUCCGGGCAAAACGCAGAGCACAAAGUCGAACUUUCAGUAACAUUGGACAGUCCUGUCGAAGGAGGAAUUGAUGACACGCAGAUAACGAUUAAUCGAUCUGGUAGUCCAUUUGAAAGAUCGAAUUUCGAAGAUCGUUCUACGUUGUCGCAUUCUCUGAGUCAUUUUGUUGAGGAAGACGAUGCCGGAAACAGUUGUUAUAACAAUCAGCGAACUACAGUUAUUCGCGAUGUCACACUUCAUGCGACCCCAUUAGCAGACGAUGCUAUCGAUAUAGAUGUCUCUUUAAAUCCUUACUUUUCUUUAAGAAUCGAUGAUUCUGCCGAACUUUUGAAAUUGCCUUGUGGAGUUCCAGCUACUCAAGCGCCUCCUCCACCUUCUCUAGUUCAUUCUCCCAACAUCACUCGUCCUCAGAGACCAUAUACUCUCGAUCUUAAUACACCAGUUACUCCGACUGAAAGUGGCAUCAGUACAGCUGGUAGUUCAUACCGAAGUCUCCCUAGCGCAGAUCCUGCUCCUCCUCACGAGCAUGCACCUCCGCCGCCGGUAGAUUACCCUGUUCGUAUUGCACCUCCAAUUCCUCCGAGAAUUAAUGCAAGACGAUCCGAAGAUGAUUCUUUAUCACGGCUGAAACUUAGUCCAGUAUUUCAAUCUCCUUAA